AUGUGGAGCAAAAUCACUUCACAUAUAGGUCUAUGGCUGGGCUUGGAGGAAGAAGACCGACAGAUGCGAGCAUCGUGCUCGUUAUCCAUGCUCCACAAUCCACAAUUCACCGUUGUUCGCGGGUCGAAAAGUUCCGAAAACCUCCAUAAGGUCAGCAUCAACGUCGCAGUCCAGGAUUCUCCUAGGAAGAGCUCAAUUUUCACUUUGCGGAAAAGCAGGACGAAGGAGAAGAAGGCCAUGAAGCCCACCGCUACAAUGUCAAAUGGCAUCAAGGCCUCAGAUCCACUGACACAAUCGUGGCACAGUCAGGCGAAUGGCAACCAUGCCACCAAAACGAUUCUCAGCUUCUUGAGGCCAUCUCGAUCCCGUUCGAACAACAACAAUGACCCAGUCGUGGUUUCACGACCCAUUCCAUCGUGCCCGAAUUCGAGUACAGUGGCUGAUUUUUCGCAUCUUAGGAGACGAAGACCGCGAAGUGCGCAUUAUGAUCCCAAUACGAUCAAGCUGCCUGAGAAACAGGACUUUCCCGAACAGGACGUCAAUGAGACGUACGAGCGGCUCGAAAAACUAGGAGAGGGCAGCUAUGCUACUGUAUUCAAGUGCAAAUCAAAAAUUGACGGUUCCAUAGUGGCGCUGAAGGAAAUCAAAUUGCAAUUCCAAGAAGGUCUUCCGUUCACAGCCAUUCGCGAAGCGUCCCUCCUGCGCACACUUCGCCACGCCAACAUUGUUUGCCUUCAUGACAUCUUUCAUCAGCAUAAUCAGCUGACAUUCGUCUUUGAAUACAUGAAAAUGGAUCUCAGCAAAUACCUCGAGCGUCAUCCUACGGGUGUGGAUUCUUUACAAAUUAAAUUGUUAUUAUUCCAACUGUUAAGAGGACUGGACUUCUGUCAUAAGAAGAAGAUUCUUCAUAGGGAUUUAAAACCUCAAAAUUUACUUCUUGAUGACAACGGAGUGCUGAAACUGGCCGAUUUUGGUCUCGCGCGUGCGAAAUCGGUUCCGAGUCGGACUUAUUCCCACGAAGUGGUUACCCUAUGGUAUAGGCCGCCUGAUGUACUGCUCGGUAGCACCGAGUAUUCAACGUCAUUAGACAUGUGGGGCGUCGGGUGCAUUUUUGCGGAAAUCUGUACGGGCCAAGCGAUAUUUCCUGGCACGAAGGACGUUAUGGAUCAGUUGGAUAAGAUUUUUGCAAUACGCGGUGUCCCAAAUGAGGAGAAAUGGCCUCAGGUGAAAAAUUUACCUCACUAUUUGCCCAACACGUUCCCAUCGUAUAAAGAGGUGCCGUUCAAGCAAGUGAACAUACUGCUUACGAAGCUACAGAAAUCUGGCAAUGAUCUGCUGGAAAUGUUUUUACAGUUGAAACCCGAAGAUCGCAUUUCGGCCAGUUGCGCUAUGCUGCAUCCCAAAGAAGACGAAAUUUAUGUCAUCGCGACUCUUCGAGUAAGACGAGCACCAUAUCCUCAAAGAAAAACACAACCUUCCUUUAAUUUUUGCCCGCCGUCGCCUCCUCCUCCUCCGGGUUGGCCAACACCACCACCACCACCUCCUGCUGGAUGUCCACCACCUCCACGUCCUUCACCUGGUUGUCCACCGUUCUUUCCUCCAAUGCCAGGACAACAACCUCCGCGUCUUCCCCCUGGUUGUAAACCCCCUCCACCACCUCCUCCUGAUUGUCGACCACCACCACCUCCUACUCUAUUUCCACCUGGUUGUGAACCACCAAAACCGCCUCCUGGUUGCCAACCUCCUCCAUUCCCUCCUUCUCCGCCACCUCCCCGAAGAAAUUAA